GGUCUCUAGGGUGACAGGAAGGUGGAGCCGGUAGUGGCCGGUGCGGGAGGCUAUGGAGGAGCCAAGAGCCGCGGCUGGGACGGAGGCCACCGCAUCCUCUCUUGAAUGAAGGGAAGUCGCGGUCGCCGAGGGAAGCGGCUGUCCCUCGGCUUGAGCCGCGUCGCCUCCACGUCCGCUGGACAAGGUGAAGUCUUUCAUCAUGGCAAUUACACAGUUCCGUCUAUUUAAAAUUUGUACAUGCCUGGCAGCAGUACUAUCUUUUUUUAAAAGAUUGAUUUGCAGGACUGGAAGAGGACGAAAGCUUAGUGGAGACCAAAUAACUUUGCCAACUACUGUGGAUUUUUCAUCUGUUCCUAAACAACCAGAAGUAGAAGAUUGGUCUUCAUGGGAUGAAGAUGCCCCUACAAGUGUGAAAAUUGAAGGUGGUAAUGGCAGUGUAGCCAAUCAACAAAAUGGAUUGGAAGAAAUGGAGCCUGAUUACUUUAAGGACAUGACACCAACAAUAAGGAAAACACAGAAAAUCAUUGUUAAAAAACGUGAACCUUUAAAUUUUGGCAACCAAGAUGGUAGUGCCGGAUUUUCAAGUAGAUUAGCAGCUACACCAGAUGUUCCUUUUAUUCAUCAAUCUCCAGAACUAGGAGACUUGGAGACAUGGCAGGAAAACAAAAAUGCUUGGGAAGAAGAAGAAGAUGCUUCCUGGCAAGCAGAAGAGGUUCUGAGGCAGCAGAAAAUGGCAGAAAGAGAAAAACGGGCAGCUGAGCAACAAAGGAAAAAAAUGGAGAAAGAAGUACAACGGUUAAUGAAAAAAGAACAGAACAAAAUCGGUGUGAAGUUGUCUUAAUGCCACUUCUUAUGCCAGCAAA